CGUUGGAGGCGGCCCCGGCCCUGGGGAUGGCCCCGCGGCGCUGCUUGGGUUGGACGCGGCCGCGCUGGGGCUGCCCGAGCCCCGCGGGCCCGGCGGCGGCGGAGGAGGAGGUGGCCCCGGGCACAGCAAGAGGCGGCGGCGAGGAGGGGCCGGCCCCAGCGCAGGCCCCGGCGGAGGAGGCCCCGGCUGCGGCGGCCCCGUGGGGCUGGCGCUGGGCUUGGGCCCCGGUGGCAGCCCCGGCCCCGAUGAGACGGGAGGUGGCUACAACAGCGAGGACGAGUACGAGGCCGGGAGAGUGGAGCUGGACCCGGCCACGGCCGAGCAGCAGGAGCACUGGUUCGAGAAGGCACUGCGGGAAAAGAAAGGCUUCAUCAUCAAGCGCAUGAAGGAGGAUGGAGCCUGCUUGUUCCGGGCCGUGGCCGACCAGGUCUACGGAGACCAGGACAUGCACGAGGUGGUGCGCAAGCACUGCAUGGACUAUCUGAUGAAGAAUGCCGACUACUUCUCCAACUACGUGACAGAGGAUUUCACCACCUACAUCAAUCGCAAGCGCAAGAGCACGUGCCAUGGUAACCACAUCGAGAUGCAGGCCAUGGCCGAGAUGUACAACCGCCCUGUCGAGGUCUACCAGUACGGCACUGAGCCCAUCAACACCUUCCACGGGAUUCAGCACAACGAGGAUGAACCCAUCCGGGUCAGUUACCACCGCAACAUCCACUACAACUCCGUCGUCAACCCUAACAAGGCCACCAUCGGCGUGGGGCUGGGGCUGCCCUCCUUCAAACCGGGGCUGGCAGAGCAGUCACUGAUGAAGAGUGCCAUCAAGACCUCGGAAGAGUCGUGGAUCGAGCAGCAGAUGCUGGAGGACAAGAAGCGGGCGACGGACUGGGAGGCCACCAACGAGGCCAUCGAGGAGCAAGUGGCCCGCGAGUCCUACCUGCAGUGGCUGCGCGACCAGGAGAAGCAGGCGCGGCAGGUGGGUGUCCCUCCUAGUCCCCCAUGUGUCCCCACCACUGCAUGGGGGGUUUCAUGGGUCCCUGUGUCCCUGCAGCCCCGCAAGGCCAGUGCCACGUGCAGCUCAGCCACAGCAGCGGCCGCCAGCGGCCUGGAAGAGUGGAGCGGGCGCUCGCCCCGCCCGCGCAGCGCGGCCCCAUCACCUGAGCACCCCGGUCUGCACCCCGAGGCGCCUGGCCCCAAGCCCCCUUCACCCGGAGCACCCCCUGCUGGCAAACCCCCAUCGCCCUGUGCCCCAGGGACCAGCAGCCAGCUGGGGGCGGGGGGGGGCCGGGCCACCCCCCCGCUGGUGUCCCUGUAUCCCGCGCUGGAAUGCCGCGCCAUCAUGCAGCAGAUGUCCCCCACUGCCUUCGGCCUCAACGACUGGGAGGACGAUGAGAUCCUGGCAUCGGUGCUGGCCGUGUCACAGCAGGAGUACCUGGAGACCAUGAAGACCUCCCGCCACAGAGACCCCCCCACCGACAAGAGUUGAUAUUGAACCCCUGGACUGCACCCCCAACCCCCCCGGCCCCCCCCCAAGGGACCUCUAGGUGGGGGGGAGGCAUUUUACUAUGGGGGGGGUCACACAGACAACAACCUCCACGCCCUUUCCACCAGGGAGGGGGACAGCGCUGGACGCCGCGGGAUGAGCCUUGGCUCUGCUGAUGUGGGGAGGAUGGAAGCCGUCCCCCCCAUAUU